AUGUUCCGUUUCGUACGGUCGGCGGGCGUCCUCGCUUUCCUGUGGAUGUUGAGCGCCGUUGGUGGUGUUGAUUUAUCCGCCGAGGCCAAUAACGAUUACGAGGAAAAUGUGGCAAAAUUGAUAUUCGAUUUUAUCGCCAACUAUAAACGGUUGAAAUUUGGCAUUGUUUUUACGUGUACACGGUUUUCUGCGAUGGAACCAAUAAAGUUUUACCGUAUUUACAAACUACUUACGAGCGGUAACAUAUCCUUUCGAGCGGUAAAUAUUGACGAUUACGGGGCCUCUGGCGGGAACAAUCAAGAGGACGGUGAUGUGAUAAUUGAUGAAGAUAACUUUGCGAUGUUGAUGCGACAAUUGAUAGCCCAUCACCAGUUUGUGUUGUUGGAUUUGGGAUGCUCAAAUGCGAGACUCGUCCUGGAGCAGGCCUCAAGAUACGAACUGUUCAACGCAUCGUUCCACUGGUUGAUAAUUGAUAAAAAAUUGAACAACCGUGACACCACAGCAGCAGCUGAGACAGAAACGAUGCCGGCCUCAGAACCGAACCGUGGGGCCAGGAUACAUCGAUUACGCGGAUACUCCUCGCACCAUAAACGUAAUCCGACGGUGGACCAGCCAAACAACAAUUGCCCAUCGGCAAACUCUACGCGAGCCAGUUGUCCGAUGAAUGGCCAGCAUGUUACCGAUGGCGUUUUACCAGAACCCGGCAUCCAGGACGAUUAUUACGAUGCCGGGCCGGGCGAUGACGAUACGUUCCACCGUUUCGAAACAAUGAACAUCAGCAUCAACGCGGAGAUAACCCUGGUGAAACCGACCAGUGCCUCGUAUCGGACGUUCGCGCUGUUCGAUAUUUGGAAUCCUGGUUACAUCAGUGGAGGUUGUUUGAAUGUAACGGUGAUGGGAAUGUAUUCGUUUUCCGGCACCAUUCGAACGGGGCAAUUCGAAGUGAGAUUUCGAGACAGCACAAUUCUGCGUCGUCGGAAUAUGAGAGGAAUUAAGCUGAAAAUAAUGACAGUAGUAACGCAGAAACCGCAUGAACCGUUCGAAAUUUAUGUUUCGACUCCAAAAAACACCCACCUGGAUUCGGUCAACCGAUAUAACUUUGGAAUGAUGAACCUCCUGCGAGAUUACUUCAAUUUCAGCUUGAUUAUGAGGCGAACAAAUAGCUGGGGUUAUCUGCGGAACGGGACGUUCGAUGGGAUGAUUGGUGCACUGGCCAGACGGGAAGUGGAUCUUGGCGGUUCGCCGAUGUUCCUACGCCAGGAGCGCCAUCGUGUUGUAAGUUACACCACCCGGUCCUUCAUUGAACGGCCAUGCUUCAUCUUCCGACAUCCGAAGAGGCAGAAUACCAUGCGGAAUCCUUUCCUGCUCCCGUUCGAGACAGCAAUCUGGUAUUUGAUGACGAUUUGUGGGACUAUCCUGGUGGUUGUACUAUUUAUCAGUUUCUACUUUGAAGACUCAGGUUUUGUACGGGGCGCAAAAAGCUCGAUACAGCCGAACAAUAGUGCAUCGCGUCCUCCGCUCGGCACUUUGAUAAUCGAAGGCGACGAAAGUUAUUACGAAGAUAGUUUUCAUUGCAGCCCGAGAAUUGAAAAACUGGUGAUGGGUCCCGGGCAACACUCGUGCCAACACGGCACAAAGGAAAGUGUACUUUUUAAUGACACAUAUAAAAAUGACAACGACGAUCCACAGCACUGUCAUCGGCAACCGGGGCACCACCAUCAAUGGCGAAGGACACCGUGCCGGAGGCAUCUUUUGAAUGUACAUCAUCGCCAUCUACAGCGGCAACAGCAGCAGCAGCAGCAGCAUCAUCAGCGACGGGAUCCUUUGGGCGGGCUUGCCACUUCGAAUAACAGCAAAAACAGCAAUCUGGAAGUAGUUACUGCAAAGGCGGAAAAUAAUGUUGAUGCUGCCGCUGUUGCUGGAAAUUCAAAAACGAUGCAACCAACGGCACAUCUUGCCAGAGCUGGAAACGUUGCCGCCGGUGGAGCACAGGAUGCACGCGUAAACGAUUCCGCGAGCAGCAAUUAUAAUGCGGAAAAACUAUCGAAAAGUAUUUUGCUGUUCCUCGGUGGUGUUUGUCAACAAGGACUAUCCGAAAUUCCGCACCUUCCAUCGGGGAAAUGCACCUCACUGUUUAUGCUACUAUUCGGAUAUCUGAUGUUCCAGUUCUACUCAGCCAGUAUCGUUGGUUCUCUGAUAAUGACUCCGGCUAAAAAUGUAAAAACCUUGCGAAACCUAAUCGACAGCGGCAUGCAGCUCGGAAUCGAAGACAUCCCCUACAAUCAUGACUAUUUCGUGAGAACAACGGAUCAAGACUCACUUGAACUGUAUCGAACAAGGGUUCGAGUUUACGACGAAAAAACGCACCGGAAUGAAUCGCACUUUCUGAGCGCGGCUGACGGGCUAAAACUGGUCAAGGCAGGUGGAUACGCAUUCCACGUGGCCAUUUCGGCCGGCUACAAAAUCAUACAGGAAACCUUCAGCGAACUGGAAGUUUGUGAGCUUGCCGAAAUCGACAUGUUCCCCCGGUCUGCCCAGUGGAUGGUGGCGAUUGUACAAAAAAAUUCACCCUACCGGGAUGUUAUAACGUACGGAUUACGACGCUUGAAUGAAGCCGGCAUAAUGGACCACCAGAGACACGUUUGGCAGGAACCGAAACCGAAAUGUGUGCGCAAAAUAGCGCCAACGGAUCUGAUUGUUGGCAUGGACAGUGUUUAUUCGGCGUUUAUCCUGCUGCUCGUCGGCUCGCUGAUGUCUGCUGGCUUUCUGCUGAUUGAGAUACUGCAUCAUCGACUGGGGCUGCAGCGAAAUCGGUGCCAUCGGUGCCAGCAACAAAAGACACGUGAACCUCGCCGGCAAUCGGAGUUUGGAGUUUUACAACGGCAGCAGCAGCAGCCGAGGGAUCAUGACCUGGUUUAUCCUUAUGCAGAUUGA